AGACAUCACUAAUAGAUAAAAUUCUUUUUAAAGAUGUUUUCGUAUUAUCGAAAAUACAUUUACUUUACUAUUACUCGGACUACUAAUAUAUUUCGCAAUAUUGUUCUGUUUGUACGGAUUUCUAAUCGUCGCAAUACUUACAGAAGGAAAAAAGAUGUCAAUGAUGCGCUUUAUAUACCUCAUAUCUGUUGCGAUAAAUCUUUGUGGGCACAUGUGUCUGUUUUGUGCAGUGGGUGAGAUUUUGGUAGCAAAAUGCGAAGCUAUAUACCAUGCAGCUUAUGAGCACGAAUGGUACAAACUGAAGCCAAAAAAAGCAAAGAUUUUGCUUCUAAUAAUGAUUCGAGCUAACAAGCCUCUUUAUAUUACGGCUGGGAAAAUAUUUCCUAUGACAAUGUCGACGUUUUGUAACUUGAUAAAAACAUCAGCCGGUUACAUAUCGUUUCUAUUCGCCAUGCAAGGUUAAAAAUCAAUCAUUUUUAUCUUUAUAUCUAACCAACAGAAGA